GGGUGAGCAUCAUGGGCACACGCGGUUCCUGUGGGAGAACGAGGCAUCGAAGCGAGCCAAGCCACGCGUGGUCACGCAGUGCCGUGAUGGUGUGCAGACCACCCGGCAGGCUUUGCCAGGGAGGGAGGGAUAUGUCCGCGAUUGCCGGUCGGGUUUGAGCUGACGAGCCUUCUCGUUGGACCCCUGCUGAGCAAGCCACUGACCGAUCAAAAAGCCCUGCCGCCUAACUAACUAACUUAGUACCUCCGAUGAUGUGCGACACGAUGCGAUGCGACGAAGCAGCAAAAAAAGUCGACAGCGAUAUGGGGGAGGUACCUGGCCGGCGCUGGAGUCUGGGGUAAUGCGGGAGGUCACUCGCCCGUGGGCCCUGCCGGCCGGCAGUGGAGCGACUUUCUCAAUCCCUCUCAUCAGCCAGCCCGCAGAAGUUGAGUCACUCACUCCUCGCAGGAAAUGCGCCUUCCGCCGCGGGCGUGGCCGCAGGUGUCCCCAUUGGCCAAUCAGCGGGCGCGCUCCUCGCCGAAAGCCCAUGGCGGGUGGUGCAGCGGGCGGGGCGCGCCGGCCAAUCGAGGGCGGCCAAACGGCGACCCCUGGCGGCGGCAGCGCUCCUGACUGGCUGGAGCGCGCAGACGGCGCCCCCCGCGCUAGGCCUCUUUGAGCACGCCGAAAGAGUCAGCCUCCACCACGGCCAGCGCUGCGCCAUGGCCUGGGGGGGAAGGACGGACGGGCUUCAUCGGUCAAACAAGUGAAAUACCGUCCAUGACUCCCUCCCGAGCGCGCCUGAGGCCCCCUUCUCCGUCUCUUCCCCUUCCCCUUCUUCCCAAGAUUCCUCUCUCGGAUCACGAAGCCGCAUUGCUCUCUCCGACAAGACGCGGGCCCUGUGCUUUUCCACCUCGCCAUUGUCGUCGUCUCUCGUUGCCCGACUUGAGGCCCUGUCACAUCCUCAAGCUUCGGCUUUCCACUCAUUCUUCUCUUCUCCUCCCCCACCCCACCAUCCUGUCAGCAACCACCCUUUGCCAGGCGCCGCGCGGGACAAACACGCCGGCCGCUGACAACUUUUUUUCGUAACGACUACUCAAUUCAAAUCACAUUGUGGUUCCUCUCACCUAAUCGAGGGUCUCCCGUCUCUCCCUCUACCGUGACCCCGCCCUUCCGUGACACAACGCUCGGUCUCUCGCAGAGACGUGCUUUCAACCGCCAACACCUUGGAUUUCGACCUCUCUCUCUCUCAGUGCCCCCAUUCUCCCUCUACAAUGGCGGCCUCCAGCUCCCAAUCCAGUCUUCCCCAGGGCUUUUCCGUCUUCCAGCCAUCGCUCGGUGCUCAGCUGCAGUUCUUCCCCGCCCUUGGGUCGCAGCAGCUCGAUGACAUGAUCGGCGCCUUCAUCCCGGGUCCUGCCUCGAUCAAGGACAAGCGCGCCACCAUCACCGUCGACUUCCUCGAGUACGCGCACAUGACCGGCCAAAACUUCAAGUUCUACCCCGUCAUGGCCGCGUCCCCCGCUGCCGAGUCGCCUGCCGCUGUCAGCCCCUCGCUCGACUCCGCGAGCUCGUCCUUCAACGUCUCUCCCAUCACAUCCAGCUGGGACUGGAGCGCAGCUGCCUCCACAACCUCACACUCGUCCACCACGCAGCGCCGGCGGCAUUCCUCCAAGGCGGCAAGCCCUCCCUCGAGGCAUCAGACCGCCACCGACUUCUCCAGCCUGCCCGGCAUGAAGAUCCUCACCAAGGACGGUCGCGAUGUGACAAAUUCGGCCUCCCGCGGAUCCAAGACCAAGGAGCAGCGUGACCACGCCCACCUCAUGCGCAUCAUCAAGGCCUGCGACAGCUGUCGCCGCAAGAAGAUCCGCUGCGAUCCCAGCCACAAGAAGCGAGGAGCUGCCCAGCCGCAACCAGUCGCUGCGGCCAUCGCGAAGCCGGCCAAGAAGCAAAAGAUGGCAACGCAAGAAGCACCUCCGCCUACAGCUCCACAAAUACAGGUUGGCGAUAUUCCCGAUCCUUAUGCCAUGCUUCUGGACGAGCCUUCGUUCCCGUCCUUUGACCUCGACUCAUCGCUUGAUUUCACCGCGCUCGAGUCGCUCGAUACCGCUGCGGCCUGGGAUGAGUUUGUGCAGUUCCCUCCGAUGGAGACUGUGCCCGACUACGACUUCUUCCUCGACCCAGAUAACUAUUUCUCUCAGUCCUCUUCUGCGUCCUCGUCGGCGUCUCCCGGCAAGGUGCUCACGCCGCCGCAAUCACAAGAUGUCAACGCCACCCCAGGUAGUGAUCUGAACUACUCCGAACCUGGAGCGCCACCUGGUGGCGACGUCGGCCUGUAUGAACCGAAUGCACCUCCUGGCGGCGAUGUCGACGGCUAUGAUUCCCAGCAGUCGAGGUCUCCUCAGUACCCCUUCCUUGACCAACCCGGUUCCGCGGGCAGCGACUACGCCGACUUCAACUUGUACUCGCCCGAGUCCACCUUCUCCGAAGAUGAGCGCAUGCUGCCGAUUGGCAACUCGACGUCAAGUCUGCCCAAUCUCAACGAACCACUGAUGUCUCAAUGCCCGCCACCGAACGGUGUCACCAGCGGCGAAGAUGUGGACGAUUGGGAGGCAAUUGCUCGCCAAUUCAAUACCUCCACCGACAACAUCGGCGGCAUGCCUUACUACGAUCCGGGUCUGAGUGUGGGUAGGGACGAGGGCGUCCUUGCCACCUCUGUUCCUGCCAACUCCAACGCAUCUGAUUCAGUCGGCGGCCGCGUGCUGAUCUGCUGCCCGCCGGGCACGGUCGUCAUGGCCGAGGACGGCUCUGAUACCCGCGUCCUGGAUAGCGUAUCAACUAGUCUCAAUGUCUCUGGCUUGACCUCGACUAGCUCCGAGCUGGCUGCAAGUGAAUCGCCAGCACUUGUUCAGUCCGUCGCGGAUGCGGCAGUCUCUGCCUCCGACGAGCGCGGCAGUGAAUCGCCAGCACUCUCUCGAUCCGCCGCGAGCGCGGCACUCAUUGCCUCUGCCAGGCGUCGCAGUGAACACCCAGCUGCGAUUUCCACUCAAGAUCAUGUGGCUGCAUCAACCUCAGGUGCUGGCCGGGAGGAUCAGUUCCCUCUAAUCGAUCAACAUGUGGACGAUCCUGUACAGCGACUACGCCUGCGCCCGACCAUGGCUGCCGUGGACGGGGAAACUCUUUUCGCCGAUGGCGACCCCGUCUUCACCAUACCCAGCGGCUUAACCGGCCUGGCAUCGAUAACCGAGUCUUCGGUUCAUCCUGGCCAAAGCCGGGACGUUGCGUCUCGCGACUCGCCUGUCCGUCUUCACGCUGUAGAGGUCGCUGCUGCGGAAUCUCCCGGCGAUGUCUCUUCUGGCGAACAGGACGUAACCGGGGCCCCUCAGACUGUCCUGAGCGGCCCUGGACGCCACCAGGCGUACCGCGUCAAUCAUGCGCACAACCGUGGUCCCGAUGGGGCUCAUGGUUCCAGCCUGCUGUACGGCCAGGCCGUCGCAUCGAGCACCGUGUCGUCUACUAUGGACACGGCUGUUCAGUCAAGCACCGAGUCGAUGGGUCUCGCCAUCAACCACUCUCGCGUGGCCAUGUCACAGGCCACAUAUGCCGCCCGCGUGUCGGCGAGCGCUCCUGUCGAGGUCGUCGGCGACUCUCAAACCGCCGCGUCCAUCGACUCGAGCCAGCCCGCGUCCGGCAACACCGCCGUUGCAGUUGCCGCCGUGUCUGCGUUUGUGCAGUACAUGUGCUGCGUGAUGGCCUCUCAACAGCCAUCGACUACUGGCGAUUCAUCCAAGCAAUCAUCACGCGCUGCGCGCGGCGCCGUGUCUCGGCCGAGGAUAUCGGACCGUACCCGCGCCAUGGUCCGAAGCCAGGUAACGCGACUCACACCGACGGGUGCUGCCAUGGGCAUCGCCGUCGUCGGAUAGUUACCGUGGAGCAGGGGGGGUUGCGGGGUUGGGGGUGCGUGUGUGCUGUGUUGGUUGUGGCGAGCGUUGUUCACGAUACCCUUUUGCUUGAUGGCACCCGCGCUUGCGGGUAGUGUACGAUUGGGCUGCAUACACGAAGUAAACAUAGAUACAGCCUCUAUAGAAACACUGGCCUGCGCCUACAUUAUAAUUUUUUAUUAAAA